AUGGAGAUGCUUCCGCGCAACAGGGGGGAGGCUUGCCACCCGAGGAUGAGGGAGGCCCAAGGGGGUACGGUCUGCAUGGAGUUGGCAGACCCCCGUUGCGAGGAUGAAUUCGGGAGGGAAGAAUGCAUAAAACACGAAUGCAUGAAGAAGGACUACAUGAAGGACACUUGCAUGAAGGACAUCUGCGUGAAGGACGUCACUGGUGAGGAGCGCGCGCGUGCCAUCACUGCAACCAUGCGUGCGUCUCCAUCUUCGUGCCAAUGGGAGGGUUCCCUUGAAGGAGUCCCACCACUCCUCCUGCCACAGAGCAGCCCGAGAACAGAACCGCCCAGCGAUAUCCCCACACACGUAAUAAUCAGCCCCAUGCGACACCCCUCCCCACAACUGAGUACAGAGUACCAAAUGAAAGAAUUGACCCUGCUGAUGGAGAAGUAUGACGUGCGAAGAAACUUCGUCUGUUUCGGAGGAGCCUUUGCCAGGUUCGCAAACGAGACGUACACCUUCACACACAGGCAUUUCAGACCACAUCUUGGAAUACAUAUGAACGCUUACUUUUUUAAUCAUUUUAUUUUCAUGAAGAAUCAUAUCAAAAUGAUUCAUUUCUCCAGAUGGCAUAUUCUUGUGUACCUCUCAGACAAUAGAUUAUAUGUAUACAAGCAUAGUCGGUAUUUGUGGCAUCUGGACCAUUUCAAUGAGUGGAAACAUUUGCCUCUUCCCACUUCGAAUGAAAUAAAAGACAUUCAGAUUGUCUCCUGUAAUUACAAAGGAGACCUCUACUUUGACCAUCCUAAGGGACCAGAUUAUGAUCUGAAUGAUGACACCCAGUUUGGUUCUUCUACACACCAACAUGAGACCAUCGAUCCGAUUCACUUUUUCGGACUUAGCUUAAUUGACAGCAAGGACAACUUAUACUUAGGCCUGAACACGAAUGUUAAUUCGAGUAGAAUUAACAUUAAGCAGAUGAAGAUGAUCGUUCCUCGCUCGUUUGAGAAGCGCAGAUUGCGAAUGAGGACCAUUCUGGUCAGCCUACCCGAGCUCAGUGAAUAUGACCUCCGCUCUUGCGCCGUCUAUUUGAAGUACGCAUCGAUAUUUGAGUUGUCUUAUACGCGCGCUGGAAAGCGCAACGGUGGGAACGGCAGUGGUGAGAACGGCAAUCGUGGGAACGACCGUGGAGGGAGAAGAGUCAGCUGCGUCAACCAGGGGAUAACUACACCGGGGCAAGCUUCGAACGGGAAGCAUUCCGGUGAAGCCGCCACACUUCACGUGGAAAAUACACCACACGGAAUGGACACAUAUCAGAGUUCCAAAGUGGACUACAGAAAGGGGUCGAAAGAAAGAGGGAGAUCUUCCCAACCGGGCAGGCUUUCCCAAAUGGUAAGAGCAUCUCCGAAGGGGAAGAACAAAAAGCGAAUUUCCGAAAGCGAGUCCCCCUCCUGUGGAAGCAAACUCAGUACAAGUGUAAAGGCAGAAGAAGAGAACCGCAACCAAGAAGAGAACCGCGCCGCAGAUCCCCUCGACUGCGCGGUGGGUGAAGUGAAAAGGGGGGAAGACCAUCAUGAUAAUCCGACCCAAGACAGGGCCAAAAAAAGAAGGCGAAUUAAUCGAGGCAAGGCGGGCCGCCCCCCUGGCCAGCUACCGCAGAGUGGAAGUUCGUCCGACGUGGGGAGGGCGACAGGGGGGAGAGGGGCAGAGGGGGGAUCAAAUAAGGGUGGCAGAGCUACUGGUGGCACGAUUAACCCGUGCAAAAUGGAUGCCCCGCGAAUGGAACGCCACUUCGAACGAGUUACGAAAAAGAAGGACCAUUUCAUCUUCAUAAAAACGUCUAACAAUUUGAAAUUCAAAAAGAGGCUGAUACGUUCGAAGCCGAAGGUGCUGUUGAGCGGCACAUCGUGCGCGCAUGGCUGCGUGUUGUUUGAAAAUAAAGAAAUUUAUUUCUGGAUUUUCGGACAGGGGGAAUCACCUCUACCGGAGGCGGUGCAUGCGGAUGAAGUGGUCGCCUCCACCGAAUUCGCCGCUCUCAAGGGAAGACAAAGCAAACGAUUCACUUUCAAAAAAUUGGAGUACCCCAAGCUCAACAUCGUCGACGUAGUUUACUGCAACAACACUUACAUUAUGCUGUCGGAGGAUAACAUCCUAUUCAUUUUAAAGACCCCCUAUUUGCACACUCUACGAGCGGUGAAUUUUUUCUUCUACCUGAACAAUUACCUACCCAAGGGAGUCACUCCCCACCGAAGAAGCGGUGUGCUGACUUUGGACAAAAUUAGGGACUCCAGUUUGGUCAAAAUGUAUCUUACAGAUUACAUAUUGGUGACUGUCCACAGCAGCAAGGAUAUAUGCUUCACCCCCGUUUUGUUUCACAGUGUCUAUAGCGAUAUGGACUCUCAAUAUAUUGACGUCCUUUCGACGAAGUAUGAGCAGCAGGUAAAGUCUUCUCCCCGGGAUGGUGACGCCACUUGA